GGUAGGGCUCGUCCCGCUGUCUCCCCUUUGCUUCCCCCGGCUGACCCCUCGGGCCCCGCCCCUCGUGCGGAGGCGGCACCUCCCCUCCCAGUCGGCCCGGCCCCAGCGCUGGCUCCGGGUUUCCCUAUCCCGAAGCGGAGCAGCCACCUGGCGUUUCGGGGCGCGGCUGCAGUUAGGCGGACGCUAUGGCCGAGGAGCGCGACGUGUUCCUGAGAGCCCGGGGCAGGACGCUGAGCGCCUUUCGCGAAGAUGAUGAAUGUCAAUGGAAAGCCCCUUUCUACUUCAUCCAAGGAGCGGAUCCCCAGUUUGGACUGAUGAAAGCCUGGGCAAUUGGUGACUGUGACAAUGGAGGUGAUGAAUGGGAAGAGGAGAUCAAAUUAACAGAGCAAGCUGUGCAAGCCAUUAACCAGUUAAACCCCAAGCCCAAGUUCUUUGUACUGUGUGGUGACCUCAUACAUGGUAUGCCAGUGCAGGCCUACACUACAGCUAGGGUCGACACUCAGAUCGAUUCACUGGCGGUAGAUUUAGCGGAUCUAGUGAAGACCCGCCAAAUCGACAACACAUCUCCCUCCAGUCAAUCCCUGUACUCUACCCCUGAUGAGAAGAGUAAGUCGACGGGCGAGUUUUUCCUGUAGACCGCAUGGUAACUC